ACUUUCGUUUCAGGCUCUGAGCAUCAUGUUCUGGCACAGUUCUGAUCUUCAUCAUUCCCCUUGAGCAUUCUCUAGUUUUGUGACAGUGAGUAAUGGUCAGUCUUACUUUCACUUUAGGUUUUCAGAGCUUUAGUUGAUGCUAGUGACUGCUAGAGAGAGGAGAUGAUGCUGGAUUAUGAGGACCUUGUGAAACUUGAAAUAGUGAAGAUGUUCCUUAGAUUCACCACUGAAACAUAAAUAAACCCAUAUAUUUACUUUUCUCUUAUAAAUUGAGAGUGAUGAUUAUUUUAUUUUAAAUUCUUUCCAUGAUGGAAAGAAAACUCUUGCUGUAAUUAGGACACUUGGGACCUGAUUACAAACUGCAUUUUCAGGGGAGAAAGAUAAUUUCUGUGACCUAAUGGGUCCUAAUUCUGGUCCCUAAUGGGCCUGUGUGCUGCUGGGGGGAGGGAGAUCUAGGAAGUCUUUUUGAUCUUUAAUCUAACAGAUGCAUUUGGAUCUCCCUCUGACUGCAGUGGUUGGCUCAGCAGGUACAAAUAUUAGAUUCUACUCACUGCUUAUGUGUUUGGCUUGGAGGAGGAUGGUGAUUGAAUCUUGCUAAGGCCUCCCCAGUGCUCCUGCAGCUCCGUGAUGUGGGAUGUGAUACUGUCUCACUGCCAACUGUGGAUGCGUCUCGGUGCUGAGCUGGGGAAAUCUGUGGUAUACCAGGAAACCAAUGGAGAAACAAGAGUUGAAAUAAAAGAGUCUGUCCGUGGACAGGAUAUCUUCAUCAUACAGACAAUCCCCAGAGAUGUGAAUACUGCUGUUAUGGAGCUGCUGAUCAUGGCCUAUGCACUGAAGACUUCCUGUGCCAGGAACAUCAUUGGGGUCAUCCCCUACUUUCCCUACAGCAAACAGAGCAAAAUGAGGAAGAGGGGCUCCAUAGUCUGCAAGCUGCUGGCUUCAAUGCUUGCCAAGGCAGGUUUAACACACAUUAUCACUAUGGACCUUCAUCAAAAGGAAAUCCAAGGCUUCUUCAGCUUUCCAGUAGACAACCUGAGAGCAUCCCCUUUUUUGCUUCAGUAUAUACAGGAAGAAAUUCCAGAUUACAGAAACGCAGUUAUUGUAGCCAAAUCUCCUGGUGCUGCUAAAAGGGCUCAGUCUUACGCUGAGAGGCUGCGGCUGGGGCUGGCAGUGAUCCAUGGAGAGGCUCAGUGCACGGAGCAGGACAUGGAUGACGGGCGUCACUCCCCUCCCAUGCUCAAAAAUGCAACUGUGCAUCCUGGCCUGGAGCUGCCAUUGAUGAUGGCCAAGGAGAAACCGCCAAUAACUGUGGUUGGAGACGUUGGAGGAAGGAUUGCCAUCAUUGUGGAUGACAUCAUCGAUGACGUGGAAAGCUUUGUAGCUGCUGCAGAGAUCCUGAAAGAGCGUGGAGCCUACAAGAUUUUUGUGAUGGCUACUCAUGGGCUCCUGUCAGCAGAUGCCCCUCGUCUCAUAGAGGAAUCCUCCAUUGAUGAGGUGGUAGUGACCAACACUGUUCCUCACGAGGUGCAGAAGCUGCAGUGCCCCAAGAUAAAGACUGUGGAUAUCAGUUUGAUCCUCUCGGAAGCCAUCCGGCGAAUCCACAACGGCGAGUCCAUGGCCUAUCUCUUCCGCAACAUCACUGUCGAUGACUAGACCUGAGCCUGCCCCUGUCCUGGAUUCCACAAGAGAAGGAAAUCUGCAUGGAAAGGCAAUACCAUAAAACAUAGGCAUAACACAGCUGUUUAUUUUUGUAGGAGUGUUGAGGUUUUCAGGGUCUUGAGCCAUGAGAUCUAAUAGAAAAAAAUUAACCUGACCAGCACUUUACAAGUCAAUAGAAGGGGCCACUGGCAGUGGGGGGAAUUACACCUUAAUUGAGAGAGAUGGAGAAAUGAGGUGGUGUUGAAUUUUUAAGUUCCUUUAUUGGUUUUUUUUGUUUUUUUUUUUUAAGUGUGUUUUCUCUUGCCCUGUAGGGGCAGAAAGAAAAGCUAAACAGAAGUAGCUGUCAGCUUGUGAGAAGGGAACAGGGACUGCUCAUUGCUGUGUGGGCAGCCAGAGCAGCCUUUGGGGUUGUUUCUGCCUGUGUCUCACCCCAGAGCACGGAAGGGAAUGUUCAGGGUGUGCUGCUGGCAGAGCUGAGCCAACAGCAGCUCCGUGCCAGCUCAGUGGCCUCUCCUCUCCUGCACAGCAGAGCAGGGACUUUCAUCAAAACUAAGUUAGCGGAACAUCCCAAAGGACAGCUUAGGGCAACCCAUUGGCAGGGCUGCUCCCAUCCCUGGGGCAGGGACCUGGGAACAGGCUCACGUGUGUGUCCCAGCAGAGCAGGGAAUGCUAGUUAAUGUGUUGGCCUUUUCAUUUUGCGAGCUUUGGAUCAUUAUUGCUCUUCAGUGAUGAAUCAUGUGAGGGUCUUGGUCCUCACUGGAACACUUGUCUGCACUGCAAAACCAGGCGUGAUUUUUGGAGUUGCCUGGGGCUGAGUUUGUGGCAGAGUCUUGUGGGGAAGGGAAGUUGGAACAAUAUCUGCUUCUAAUGCAGCUGUGCUCUCCAAAACACUAACACUGAACCUGCAAUAAAAAGUAUAAGAUUUUUCA